CGGCGUGAAGAAAUCAAGCUUCGAAUAAGGACGUGGCGCGGUUGUUUGGGGAAGUGGGCUCAAGCAACAAGAACAAGAUACAGCAGUAACUUUGACGACAAAUGGCGGCCUCAUCCAUGGCUACUUCGACGGAGCAGAUGGCGAUGGAGGCGGUGUCUAUCCACGAUGCUAUCGCUGCCACUGCCCUUGGAGAGGAGGGAGCAGCGCUGGAGAUUGUGCGGUUGUAUAAGCGACAGAUGGAGGAGCUCUACAUUACGCUUAUUCAACAUCGACAUAAUCUAUCGGCAGAUCUUCUUGAGGAGGGCGAGGAGCUGGUCGCUGGUUGGGAGGAGGACCUCCAUGCAGAUCUCCCAUCUCAACGGCAGGGCGCGACUGAAAAUGAGCAGGUGAUGGCGGAAUUGGGUGGUUGUGCUGAAGUGAUGACGAAAGUGAAAGGAAUAUUUGAGGAACWAAGGGAGGGGUCGUAUGGGAGUACGAGGUGUGAUGAUGUGAAAGGGUGUUGCUGCGCAGGGCCUGAGGAGRGGCAGGUGUUGUGCRCURCGACACAGGAUCGUUCGUGCGAAGUGGAGAUUGAUACUCGGCGUGGAAGGCUUGAGGAGGGGCAGGGCUUUUGCGGCGAAAUGUUGAAAAGUGACAACAACAACGCAUGCACGAUUGGCAGUUAUGUCACCACCGACUCUACCAUCGAUUGCAAUGACAUCGUCGGCGACUAUACCCGCAACGCCAUCGACAACAACGAUGAUCGCUAUUUUGGUGACGUGGCUUUUACCGGCGCUGACAAUAACAACGGAUAUGAUGCUGGCAACAUCAGCGCCGGUAACAGCGACGACAACAUCAGAGCUCAUGACAACUACAACAACAACAACUGCGAAGAAGGUGAUCGUUGUACAUGCUCUCAAGACAGCCAGGGCGUCAGCAAUGGUGACGUUGCUUUUACUGGAGCUGUCAAUAACAAUGGAUAUAGCGAUGAUAACAUCAGGGAUCAUGACAACAACAACAACAACAACAACAACAAUAACAGUGAAGAAGAUUAUCUUCGUGCAUGCUUUCAAGACAGCCACGGCGCCAGCGAUGUAAGUAAUAACUUCGAUUCUGGUCGGGGCGUUUGUAGAGCAGGGCAGGCUUUUCCCACGAUCUUUGUUUUUUUUGGGGGAGGUAAGCCUGCUGGGGGGGGGGCGUCUUUGGGCAUGCUCAUGAUGAUGACUUGGGGUUCCCCGAGUGGGCGGGUUAGGGUAGUGGUUUGGGACUUUCGGUGCGCACGGAAUAUUGUGGAUCUCGCGCCAUGGGAUUCGGGUGGGGUUGGGGGGGAGGUUUGGGGGCAGUGCUGUUGGGAAGGUCUCGCAUGCAACUCUGGGAAUGUGGAAUCACCACGAGUGGGGGUGGGAUAGGAGGGAUAAAGGGUGGUAAACUAU